ACAAAGAGUGAAUUUAUUUUAUUUUCGACAUUUAUGCAGCAUCUGCUACUGAUUACAAACACAAUCGAAAUAUUUUAAUAACAUAAAUGCUGUUGUAGCGUAUAAACAAAAGACGACUUGUUGCAUUUUGAUUCGAUUUAUUUUUAAACGCAAAUGUAAAUGACCUAAAAAAUAUUUGCAUUAAACAUAUGCGUUCGGAUACGAACAUUCUACAUAGUAUGAAAUACAUUUAUGUAUGUAUGUAAGUAGACAAAGCACAAAUAUUCUUAUAGCUGCCAUAAACUUCAGUAUAAAACAGUCUUCAUCAUUUUGCAAAACUCUCCUUUUGAAAAUAAAUACCAACAAUUAUGGAUGUUUGGGGAGUAUUUGUUGGCGACUCCACAAUAACUUCUGGCGGUGUAAUGCGUACAACAUAUUAUCGAGAUUAUGAACAGUUUCCUUACGGUACUCUGGAACAAAAUUCUAUGGCAAACUCAAAAGAUCCAUACAGUAAAGUCCAAGAAAAAUCUCAAAAAAUACAGGCAGAAAAAACAAAGAAAAAUGAAUGUCCGUUCUGUAAAGAGCAUAAAAAGCGCCCACUAAUCAACUAUCUAAGAAAGCGAGAAUCACGAAAGCACCACGAAAGCAUUUGUGAAGAUGAAGAGAACUGUUAAAUUAAACAUGAUAAAUACAUACAUAUGUAUAUAUUAUUCAAUUUUUGUCAUUUCACUCAUAUUACGUAUAAUUAAGUCAUUGAUUUGUUUUUAAAAUAUCAUGAAAAAUUUUGAUAUUUUAUAUUUCGUUAACAUUUUAUUUACUAAAACAUUGAUAUUCAUAUAAGAGGAUAUACAAUAUAUACUGUAAUGUAUAAAAUUAAUAUUUUACAAAUAACAAUCUAUUAUUAAUUUUUAUAAAAUUAAAUUUUGGUUAAAUGUUAUAUUACCUAAAAUAGUAUGUUAAGAAUUUAUUUAAAUAAGAAAAUCAUUAAAAAUCGAACACUGGUAUUCAUAUCAGAAACCAAAAAUGCAAUUUAAUAUAAAGUUUAACAAUAAAAAAGUACUUGUAAUUUUUAAAAA